AUGAACUGUUUUGAAAACGUAUCUGUACCAAACUGCGUGUGGUUCGAUGGCGGGGAUAAAAGAAAUGCUGUGGCUUCAAUACUUGCAGGUGUUUUGUUUUUUGCUGGAUGGUGGUUCAUAAUAGAUGCUGCAUCAGUGUACCCAGGAGAUCUUCCUAAUGCAGCACAUGUAUGUGGUGUUAUGGCUACACUGUCACUAGUGAUGGUCAACUCCGUUUCUAACGCGCAGGUUCGAGGUGAGACAUAUACGGGUGGUUGCAUGGGGCCGCGUGGUGCUCGUCUAUGGCUUUUCCUUGGUUUUGUUGUGGGCUUUGCUUCCCUCAUUGCGGCCUGUUGGAUUUUGUUUGCUAACUACGUAAAUGCUGGCAGCAGUAAGCACACUUGGCCCGGAUUUACAUAUACCAGGUCUAACUAU